AGAGGGAGGCAGAGACACCUUGAAAGGCUGAGUAUAAGGACAUCUACCGAGUGCCUUUUUACAUAGACAUCAGAGUGGGGGGGGGAGGGAAAAGGAACAGGAAAGGAACAGGCUUGCAACCAUAACUCAGUUGGACUUGUAUCCGAGAAGUCAGAUGCAAUGGAUUGGCUCCCUCACCGAACAGCUGCUUUUCUGUUCCUCUUAUUGGUACUCGUGGAUUUCAGCACAGGAUUUCAUGUAGAGGUGAAAGAAUGGAAUGGGAAUGGAAUGGCAAGAUGGAAAACCUUCAGAAGACAAAAACGUGAAUGGAUAAAAUUUGCUGCAGCUUGUAGAGAAGGAGAAGAUAACUCUAAAAGGAACCCAAUUGCCAGAAUUCGAUCAGACUGUGAAGAAAAUAAUCCAGUCACAUACAGCAUCUCUGGAGUUGGAAUUGAUCGUGCCCCUUAUGGAAUAUUUGUUGUUAACCCAAGAACAGGAGAAAUUAAUAUAACAUCAAUAGUGGACAGGGAAGUGACCCCAGUAUUUGUUAUACGCUGCUUUGCAAAACACUCAGUGACUGGUAUGGAUUUGGAACCACCUCUUGAACUUCGAGUCAGAGUACUGGAUAUAAAUGAUAAUCCUCCUAUAUUUGCACAAUCGGUAUUUACAGGAGCUGUUGAAGAAUGCAGUAUGGACAACACACUGGUGAUGAAAAUAAUUGCAUCAGAUGCCGAUGAACCAAAUCACUUGAACUCUAAAAUUGCCUUCAAGAUAGAGAGUCAGGAGCCUUCAGGCCAGCCAAUGUUUAUUAUGAAUAAAUAUACUGGAGAACUCCAUCUAGCAAAUUAUCUUGACAGAGAGCAACACAGUAGUUACACUUUGGUUGUGAAGGCAUCAGACCGGGAUGGAGCAGCAGAUGGAAUUUCAUCCCUUUGUAACUGUCAUGUGAAAGUUAUUGAUGUCAAUGACAACUUCCCAACUCUUGCUCAAAGCUCCUUUUCAGCAAGUAUUUCAGAAAACUCACUCAGUUCAGAAAUUCUACGAAUACAAGCUCUGGAUGCUGAUGAAGAGUUUAGUGACAAUUGGUUGGCAGAAUUUUUCUUUAUAUCUGGUAAUGAAGAUAACUACUUUGAAAUUGUUACAGAUCCAGCUACAAAUCAAGGAAUCCUCAGAGUAAUAAAGGAACUGAAUUAUGAACAUAUCCCAACUCACUCACUGAGCAUUGGUGUCAGGAACAAAGCUGAAUUCCACCAUUCUGUUAUAUCUCAAUAUCAAGUGUUUGGAACACCCCUCACAAUAGAAGUAAAAAAUGUGAUUGAACCACCAAGAUUUAACCCAUCAGCAAUUAUCUUAUCUGUACCACAAAGAACAAGGGUGAAUUAUGUUGUGGGAACAUACACAGCCUUCGAUGAGGACACAGGCACUACUGCAAAUAAUGUUAUAUACACUAUAGGACGUGAUCCAGGUGCCUGGUUCAAAAUCAAUAAAAACACUGGGGAAAUCACACUGAGCAAAGUUAUUGACUGGGAAUCCUCCUAUGUAAUGAAUGGGCAGUACACAGCAGAAGUUCUGGCUGUUACCAAAGGGACUCCUCGAUAUACUGCUACUGGAACCAUUGUACUUACAAUGCAAGACACCAGAGACAAUUGUCCAGCUAUUAAUACAGAAUUAAGGAAAGUGUGUAUGCAUUCCCCAUCUGUGAUUAUCACAGCAAAGAGCAUAAAUGAUCAAUACGCCCUCCCCUUUACAUUCAGCAUACAUGGUGAACCUCAAACCACAUGGAUUAUCAGAUCAAUAAAUGCUUCCUCUGCAGAAUUAGUAAAUCAGAACAUGGACUUUUACCUUUACAAGAUCUCUAUCAGAGUAAGAGAUAGCCAAGGUCGAACUUGCUUACAGCCAUAUGUGAUUCCUCUGCAAGCUUGUCGAUGUGACAGUCGCAACUACUGCAGCAGUGGGGCCACAAAAAUAGUUAUCAUUGGUGGUGGUGGUGCUGGUGGAGGUGGUGCUGGUGGUGGUGGAGCUGGUGGUGGAGCUGGUGGUGCUGGUGGUGCUGGUGGAGGUGGUACUGGUGGUGCUGGUGGUGGUGGUGCUGGUGGUGAUGGAAGCCAGACUGGUGGAGGAACCGGACAAGACUAUGUUGGGACUGGGUAUGAAGGAGGUGGCGGCAGUGACUCCAGCACAGACUCGGGUACUUACACUGGUGGAGAAUUUGGAAAUUACGAUAGUUAUACUGGAACCAGUGAUUACGGCAGAAAUGAAUAUCCUGGUGGAUACGCCCUACCUGCUUCUACCACACUUAGUGGUUCUGCCAUUGGCCUGAUGUUUCUCGGUGGAUUAAUAUUUGUUUUGAUUCCAAUUUUGAUGUCAAUGAGUGAUUGUUGUGGCUGUGGACCUGGAGCUGCAGCUGGAGUUGGAACUGGAUUUGAACCUGUACCUGAAUGCACAGAAGGGGCAAUUCAUCCAUGGGGAAUAGAAGGUGCACAGCCUGAAGAUAGGGAUGUCUCACACAUUCUCGCCCCAACAACAGCUGCUGGAGGUGAUUUUGGUGAACCCUCUGAUAUAUAUACAAAUACAUAUGGAGGAGGAGGAGUAGUGGCAUCUGGUGUGGAAGAAACAACAGGAGUUGGUUAUGGUACUGGUACUGGUUACGGAACAGCUGGAGGAAUUUCUGGAACUGGGGAAGCAAAAGGGUCAGUUGGAGGAACAAUAAAAGAAUAUCGAGAAGGAGGGGUGAACAUGGCCUUCCUAGACAACUACUUCUCUGAGAAAGCAUUUGUGUAUGCAGAUGAAGAUGAAGGUCGGCCAGCAAAUGACUGCCUAUUAAUAUAUGAUCAUGAAGGAAUAGGUACUCCUGUUGGCUCUGUUGGGUGCUGCAGCUUUAUUGGUGAAGAUACAGAUGAAACAUACUUGGAAACUUUAGGACCAAAAUUUAAGACUUUGGCAGAGAUCUGUCUGGGCAAGGAGAUUGAGCCAUUCCCCGAUGCCAACCCACCUUGGCCAGGCAUUAAUGUCACCUUUCCCAACUCUGAAUGUGACCUAAACCUCCCACCACCUGGAACCACAAUCCUCGUCAACGGAUCUGCACCUAUGGCUCCUCCAGUCGGCACUACCACGGUUGUUACCGAAAACACCUAUACAUCUGCAUCUACCGUACAGCCCCCACGGCCAAUGCCUGAUCCUUUGCUCCACGGCAAUGUGACGGUGACAGAGACCUACGCCUCCGGUUCUCCUUCUCUUUGUGUUGACCCACUGCGUGCAUCCAAUGUUGUUGUAACAGAAAGGGUUGUUGGUCCUGCAUCUGCCUCUGAUUUGCGUGGCAUGCUAGAUAUCCCUGAUCUUGCAGAUGGGUCCAACGUAAUCGUCACAGAAAGAGUCAUUGCGCCUAACUCCCGGCUCCCAGCAUCUCUGAGCAUUCCUGAUUUGGUAGAUGGGUCAAACGUGGUAGUGACAGAAAGGGUGUUCAGGCCUGCCUCUGGGAUGCCAGGCAGCUUAAUAAAUAUUCCCUCAGAGUUAUCCAAUGCCCACAAUGUGGUGGUCACUGAGAGGGUAGUGUCAGGGUCUGGGAUGAGCAACCUGGCAGGAGGAGGACUAGGAGGGGCCAGCCUGGGUGGACUGAGCAGCACGGGCCAAAUGCUCAAUGCUGACUGUCACCUUGGUCAGGCAAUGGGCACAGCAUCCCCUGGCACCUCCCGGAGAAGAGUGACAAAGUACAGCACCGUGCAAUACUCCAGCCAGUAAGGUUCCUGUCAGCGCACCUCCCCAGUGAAACUUGCACCAACACUUAUUAGCUGCCACCCACCAAGAAUAUUGUCAUUAUUUAUAACUAGCACACAGCACUGAAAUUACAGGGAUUCCUCCUUGAGUAAGGAUCUCAGAAGGAUGCCCUGUUACAAGAUCAAAAACUUUGUCAGUGAAGGGAAGUUGAGGUUAGCUCUAAAUUUUGCUUUCUCUCUCCACAGAGCAGUAAGUGUGUCCAAACAGACACUAAUGUUUUUGGAGAGAGAUCUGAUUACUAAGAAGAUCAGUGAGAGGGGAUCUUUGAGUGCAUGCAGUAUCAGCAUGAACUAAUGUAACGUGGAAGAGUGUUAAAAUACUAUACUGCUAAGUGAUCUCCCACAGCAAGCAGAUUUAGGUUGGUUUCUCCUUACUGGCAAGAUAGAAAAGGAAAGCAAUUAAUAAUUAGUCAAUACAAGACUAAAUAAGCACUUUCAAAUGUAUCACUUUACUUUUCAUGUAAUUCCAGGUGCGCUGCAAAAUGGCACUUUGAGUCAUUUCUCUUAUCACCAGCAAAAGUUAAAUGUAAUGAUCAUAUAAAUGCAAUAAUUUUUCACAGCUUACUAAAGUUCUCAGUGAAACUCACACUCUUUCAUGACCUUUUAUGUUGUAAAUAUUCAUGACCAUGAGGGUGGCCAAGAAUUUGCUGCAGCUGGAGCUGCAACAUUGAUGCUGUCAACAAGAAGUUGCUGGCUUCCUCUUUUUGCGAAUACUAUUACAGCUUUACUUAAAUCUAGAAGGACUUUGUUGAUAAACAGGAGCAUUUAGUUGGAUUUUUGUGCCAAACUAUGACUACCAUUUAAGUCUCCAACACAAUGUUAUUUUACGAGGACUAUAACAUAACAUGCCAGUUCUCUUUUCAAAUACUGCCAAGAAAACAAAGUCAUACAAGCUCUGUGAUGUGGGGAGGCAAUAGCAAGUAUUAUAAUACUGAUAGUGGUAGCUGAAGAUCUUCGUGAAAAUGAAAAAAAAAAAAACCUUGGGAACAACAUAAAUGUGCAAAUAUGCAAUGUGGAGAAUUAUUAUUUCAUGUGUCAAUGUAUUUUGCAUUGAUAUUUUAAAAGUUUAUUUGAAUGUAUUAAUUGAAAAAGUCUUUUUGAUUCUAUAAUCUUAAUUAAAUCCGGCUUUUAUUUUCCCACAAAAACAGCUCUACUGGACUCUGUUAUUCUAGUAAUACUUUAAUAUACUUCACAAUAUGAUCUGAAGGAGCAAAAUACUGAAAUAUAGUAUCUAUCUCAUCUUAUUUGUGUAUCAUAUGUAUAGUAAGCAUAGUGUAAGCAACAUUGCUUCAGUGUAAAUACAUCAGAGUUAUAUGGAGGGAUUGGCUUGUUUUGCUAGAUCACCAGAUCAGUGCUUUUCCUCAAAUUUUGCUACUUCAGCUUUGAUGGACUGGUUAGUGAAAAGCUGAAGAGUGGUCUGUAAACUUCCCACUCAACAAAAAGAAGAAAUUUUCAUAUCCAGAUUAACCCAUCUCAGAACUGGAUGACAAGUUUCUGAGUUUCAUUUCAGGAGCAAACUAUUUAAACGAUGCUUUCAGAAAUGCAACCAGAUCUGCUCUCAAAGACAAGAUGCAGAGUCAGUGCUACAGCCAUUGACACCAGUGCUCCCCAGGAGCCACUGCCAAAUCCAAGGCUACCUUGAGAAAGAGUUCUUCCAGUACUUCAAGCUUUUCCUGGAAGAAACUGAGCAUGUUAAAUGCUCUCUUCUUUGUAUCUGAAGUAAUGUUACUUUCUGUAAUGUUACAUCCUGUAGCCUUGAUUAUCACUAAAAUUAUGUUGACUUCAGUGGAAUUAUUCUCUUUUAUAUGUUAGUAACUACUGCAAGAAUGGUUUCUGGAAGCAUUCUUUAAGGAAGGAAAAUACUAAUAUAUAAAGUUGUAUGUUUUUAUAUGUAUGUUUCGAGAUCUGGAUAUUACAUACUAAAAUUCACUAAAAUGCUGAAAAGAUCCAUUUUGUUUCACUAAAUGCCUAUUUACAUUAAAAAAUAAACAAAAACACAAGUAUUUCCAAUAUCUAGGGCACUCUGUACAUUUAGAAAGCCUAUGCUAUAUAGCCAAAGCCCAUUAGAAAUAUUUUUUAUGUAAAAAAAUAUUUUUGUAAAUAUUUCCAAAAUCAUGAUAUUCAAAUAAGAAAUAUAUUUCCUAGCUGUGUUCCAAGGUUAUAAAUUCAGAUUCCAGGAGCAGAUGCUGAAUCCUUUGUAGCUCCUUAACAAUAAUGCUAUGUGAGGUUUGGAUGUGCAAACUAACUCUGAUUGCUUGCAUGUUUAGAAGUAGAAUGGGGAAGAACAAAUAGCAAAAAAAAAAAACUUUUCUUAAAGCACAGCUUUUGGUUAUGUAGUGGUUCUCUAUUUACUAGCACUGUCUUUUCCCAACUUUUUAAAAGAUUGUUAGAUUGUUAUUUAAUAAAAUUCUCAGAAAAAAAAAUCUUACUUUUUUCAUAUUUUCAUGACUGGCAAUGAAACAGCAAUCACAUAAUACCACCGUGCAUUUCUGAAUAUUAAUUUCUAUUGCUGCAUAUUUUUUACAGACUUUCUUACAACUAUUUUCUUGGUAAGGCUUUGAAAUGUUGAGUUUACUACAAACUGUGGAAACAGUGUAUCAAAGAUGUGAACAAAUACGCUGUUCAUUAAUAUUCAGCGCAAAUUCUUUUUCUAGCUUUAUUACUAAAAAACAGCAUAUAGACUUUUUCUGACUAACUGAUAAUAAUUUUACUUCUUUUUCUUCAACUGCAACUUAGAAGCCUGUUUGCUGCCUGGCUUUAAUCCUGUUGUUUAAUAAAGAAAUAUGAGUGGAUUUCAGGAAAGAAAAAUAACAUAUAAUAGUGAUUUCAACCGUGCUAAAAGCCAUUCAGCAAAACACUCCAAUAAAGUAUCAGCAGCAUGCCACAACAAGUCUAUAGCUUCUUUACUUGGAUUUUGUAGAGCAGGAUCCUACAGUCUUCCAGAGGCUCACUGAGACCUUGGCAGCACAAAAAGCAUAUGACAGAGGAAGCAAAUAGUGCCACAAGCUGGGGAUCUCAGUAGACUAUUGUCUUGAGAACACUCUCUCAAUCAAAACUGUCAGGUUUGAUUCCUUUGGCUCUACUCUGAUUUUGUGGUAAUAAAUAACAUAUUCAAGCUGCUGUGAGCAGCAUAUUGUACUACUUGCAAGACGAAAAGACCACUAAAUCUAAGCAAAAAUCCAAAAGUGCCUACAAUUUUGCUGGAAUUAAUACAACUGCGUAGUUCAAAUAUUCUUUCCUAGUGAGUAACCAAAUGCAUUUUCAUUCUAUUUAAAGUACAAGUAAUAGUGCAGUGUAAUUGUGUUUUCAUAAAUAAAAAUACUAGAGUUUCGCUUGUAAAAAUUUCUGAAUGACUGAAAAAAUCCAAUAAAGGAUCGUUUGAAACAUCA